GGCUGGCUGUCGACAAGGCGGGGCGCGGAGCCCAGCCCAGCCCCGUCCUGUCCCGGACUCCAGGCCCGAGCGCACCCUGCGCACCCAGCGCACCCGGGCACAGCACCGCGCCGCACCGUCCGGAACCACGCAGAUCCUGGCAGCUGGGGUUUCCCUCGUCUCUUGAGUGGCCAUGUCCAAGCCCACUGCCCCCCCUCCGUAUGAGGACCGUAAUCCUCUGUAUCCUGGCCCUCCACCUGCUGGAGGCUAUGGACAACCAUCCGUUCUGCCAGGUGGAUACCCUGCCUACCCUGCCUACCCACAGCCUGGCUACGGUCACCCUGCUGGCUACCCACAGCCAGUGCCCCCCAUCCACCCGAUGCCCAUGAACUAUGGCCCCGGCCAUGGCUAUGAUGGGGAAGAGAGAGCCGUGAGUGACAGCUUCGGGCCUGGAGAAUGGGAUGACAGGAAAGUGCGACAUACCUUCAUCCGAAAGGUCUACACCAUCAUCUCGGUCCAGCUGCUCAUCACAGUGGCCAUCAUCGCCAUCUUCACCUUUGUGGAACCUGUCAGCACAUUUGUGAGGAGGAAUGUGGCCGUGUACUACGUGUCCUAUGCUGUUUUCAUUGCCACCUACCUGACCCUCGCCUGCUGCCAGGGACCCAGACGCCGGUUCCCAUGGAACAUCAUCCUGCUGAUUCUCUUUACUCUUGCCAUGGGCUUCAUGACGGGCACCAUUUCCAGUAUGUAUCAAACUAAAGCCGUCAUCAUUGCAAUGAUCAUCACGGCUGUGGUGUCCAUUUCCGUCACCAUCUUCUGCUUUCAGACCAAGGUGGACUUCACCUCGUGCACAGGCCUCUUCUGUGUCCUGGGAAUUGUGCUGAUGGUGACUGGGAUUGUCACUAGCAUUGUGCUGUACUUUAAAUAUAUUUACUGGCUCCACAUGCUCUAUGCUGCUUUGGGGGCCAUUUGUUUCACCCUGUUCUUGGCUUACGACACGCAGUUGGUCCUGGGGAACCGGAAGCAUACCAUCAGCCCAGAAGACUACAUCACAGGCGCCUUGCAGAUCUACACAGAUAUUGUCUACAUCUUCACCUUUGUGCUGCAGCUGGUGGGGGAUCGCAACUGAAGCACCCCAUUCCAUACACCCUGGGCAUUCCCUUCCUUAGAGGACUGGGCCCUGGGACUUGGUACUGGUCCUCAGGCCUCUUCUUACCCCUCAUGUAAUUUGUCCAGUUUCCUUUCUGUCCUAGAGAUGGGUGGCUUCUAGCUGUGAAUGUAUGGGAGCCUGAGGGGUGGGAGUUGCUAAGAACUCUUGUCCUUGGUGGGCCCAGCAGGGACUAGGCUGAAGUUCUGUCUUCUGCUUUCCACACAACACAGCACCAAAGUCUUAUGAGCUAGGGAUAUGUGUGUGUAUGUGUAUGUGUGUGACAGGAGCUUCUUUUAUUGUCAAAAGGGAAUAUGCACAUGGAAGGGCCUUCAAGAUGAAGAGAUUCCUUUUGCCACAGCACCCUAGGCCAGGUGGCUGGAGCUGCUUUCUCUCCUAAACCCCAAAAAGCCACACAUGCCUUGUCCCCAGCCACUGGAUGCAUAGGCCUCUACACUGAACUCCCUAGGCUUGGCACCUUUUAGAUCUAGAUGAUAGAAGAGCUCUGCACUCAGGGGCUCUGCUACAACUUCAUGUUUCAGUAACAUGUAUAUAUUGUUUAUCUAGAUUAAGGGUGGGGGAAGAGAGAAAGCAAUGUAGAACACAGGCCCACCCCAGGGCAGUAUCUGUCCUGGGCUUCCUUCAGGCUUGGAUGGUGGUAGAGAGGAGCCACUGGAGCCAUCUGGGUCCUGUUCUUCAAACCUGCUUGAGGGCUGCUGAGAUCUUUGCUCUAGGGGCCUCUUUCUCUGCUCAGUUGCUCAGAGGAGAAAGUGGGGGAGGGAGGCUGAAGGUCAGCAAAAGUGGCUUGUAAAUCUGGAGUAUGACUGGGAAUCAGGGUGAGGAGACAUGGUAGGAGCAGGGAAAACGCCUUAGCAUCUGCUACCUGGUCUGAGAAAUUCUGAAGCUCACUACGGUACCCAGGGAGACUUGUGUGUCCUUCCCUCUGCCAACCCAUGAAGGACCCUGGGUGGAAAGUGUCCUUUCUCUCUGUUCUGACCUUCAGCUGGCCGGCUUUAGACUGAAGCCCUGACUCCCACCAGCCACUGCUUCCUUUGUAAUACAAGUGCCGUGCGCUGGAAUGGAGGUUGGGGACAGGAACCACAUCAGCACAAGGACAUCAUUAGACCUUCUCUAUCGAGUAGUUGAUCCUAAAUAUAUCGCAUGAAGAGACAUCCAUCGAAAUGUAAUACAGUCCUGUGUUUAGAAGUUAAA